GAUAUUUGGCUUCAAUGUGUAUUUCAAAUUGGAUAUAUAAGCUGGUCGUCUGGCAUGCAAAAAUAAUUUAUAAGAUUCGUUGUAGAUCUCUUCCAUCCUCAGUUUCCUCAAGCCCUUUCUUCCUCUUUUCACCUUACGCUUGCCUACUCCCUCAGCCGCAAACCUUGUACUAAAUAAGCUAGUCUUUUUAGUACCCUUCGUUCAAUUUAGUCACACUCUACUGGCACUAUCCCCCCGCUUCCUUGUUGCUAUUGAAUUUUUUUAUAUACUUUUUUAAUUGGCCGGUCCUUUUAAAUAUUCACAUUUAAAAAACUCAAUUUUCCGUUUCCAACAUUGCAAUGAAGACGACCUUUACUUUCUCCUCCGCCCUUGCUCUUUUUGCCGGCCUGGCCUCAGUAGCCAACGCGCACACGUACCUUAGCAAGCUCAACAUUGCUGGUACACAAUACGACGAGGGUGUUUGCAUUCGCCCCUACCCGUCCAACCGCAACUUCCCAGUCAAGGAUCCCUCAUCCUCCGACAUGACCUGCGGUGUCGGCGGUCUUUCAAGCACAGCUGCUAAAACCUGCCCUGUCGCUGCCGGCUCCAAGAUCACCGUUGAGUGGCACCAUGACAACGCAUCUGACUCUGAUGAUGUUAUUGAUAUUACCCACCUGGGCCCCUGCCUCGUGUACAUGGCACCCCUGUCGAGCAACGGCAAGGGCGACGUGUGGUUCAAGGUUUUCGAGGAUGGCUAUGAUGCCUCUAGCAAUCAGUGGUGCGUCAACAAAAUCCGCGCCAACCACGGCAAACUCGACAUUACUAUCCCGUCAGACAUCAAGGCCGGCGACUACCUCUUGCGCACUGAAGUCAUUGCUCUGCACGAGUCCGACACUGACUAUGCAAGCAACUCUGCACGUGGAACUCAGUACUACCCCAACUGCGCCCAGGUUUCGGUCACAGGUUCUGGAGCUGCUGUUCCCGUGGGUCAUGCUAUUCCGGGCAUUUACAAGACCAACAGUCCUGGCAUUAUUUUUGACCUGUACAGCUCCUACAAUAGCUACCCGAUUCCUGGCCCCGCUGUCUAUGUUGCUGGCUCUGCUGCCCCUGCUCCUGUUGUCAGCUCUUCAUCUGCAACCGAGUACACGACCACAACCGCUGCUGCUGCCACCACUACCGCUGCUACAACCACGUCUAGCUCAAUUGAGAGCUACUCUGCUGCCACCUCUACUACUGUGACCAGUGCUGUCCAGAGCUAUGCCACAACCUCUACCACUGAGUCUAGCUCUGUUGAAAUAUACCCAACCACCACUACUCAGACACCCGCUGCUUCCAUCUCGAGCGCACCUGGCUCGCACCACUCAACGGUCACCGUCUAUGUUAACAAGUGCCACUAAUUUUACAGCAGCAAAAUAAAAAUUGGUUUUAUAAAUUGAUACGUUUACUUAUAGUUUCCUUUUACCCUUGGAAUAAAUGCAAUCAAUUACUUUCAUUUCAGCAGGCCCUAAAAGUUUCCAACCCCUACUAGAUUUAUUUUCUCUUAAAUAAAACCAAUUCUUUGUUUUCCA